AUGUCAGACGAACCGUUGCAGUACUUCCCUCCAGAGAAAUGGGGGGACCUUCAGAGUGUCUUCAGGAAAGACUGGACUAGAGGAGUGUCUGCUUAUGCGGUAUUAGACACUCAAAGACGAUGGCUGGCCAAAGGGAUGGACUCAAAUUUAAAAAUUUAUUGCCCUUAUGGUAAUAUUCACAAUGGAAUGGUUGCGUUCAAUGAAAAGGAUUUAUAUUACGAAAUAAUAAUUCAGUGUCCGAGUGAUGAUAUGAACAAUCUAGCAACUGCAUUGAGAACAACCAAACUGAUUGAUUGGAAUAAAUCCGUCAAGGUACCGUUCGCAACUCGCAAUGUGAUCGACGCCCUAGAUGAAAUCAUGGAUGAUGUUAAUGUAGAGGUGGAAGAAGUGUUUCCCUACGAUACUUAUAUUUUGGACACGAAUAAAUUAUAUAAAGAUAUUAGACUACCAGAUGGCGUUAUCUUCAAGCACUUGACGACAGAACAUGUAAACCUCAUAGACUCCACAUGGCCUUACCGCUAUCCCUCAUCGGACGCAUAUUUCGAAUUCCUCAUAAAACUAAAGUACGGUUAUGGGUUGUACAUGAACAACUCCUUAAUAACUUGGGUCCUGGUCUCUGAAGCCGGUACGUUGUUACACUUGUACACUGUCGAAGAACAUAGAAGGAAAGGCUAUGCUGAGGUCCUAUUGAAACUGGUCAGCAAUGCUUUGUUAGCUGAUGGAAGAGUCGUCAUUGCUUAUUGUGUUCCUGACAAUUAUAAUGCGAGCAAACUUUGCACACGAAUAAUGUCACAAGAACCAUUGCAGUAUUUGCCUCCGGAGAGAUGGGACGAACUUUUAAGUGUCUUCAGAAAAGACUGGCCAAGAGGAGUCUCUGGAUAUACAGUGUUAGAUAAUCAAAAACGAUGGAUGGCCAAAGGAAUUGAAUACGACAUGCGAAUCUAUUGCCCUUUUGGUGAGGUUCAAAAUGGAAUGGUGGCGUUGAAUGAGAAGUAUUCAUUCUACGAAGUAAUAAUUCAAUGCCCUAAUGAUGAUACGAGAAAAUUAGCAAUGGCAUUGAGAACAACAAAAGUAAUAGACUGGACACGACCUAUCAAGGUACCGUUUGCUCCAUACAAUAUCAUCAAUAUGCUUAAGGAAAUCGUUGAUGAUGUUAACGUACAGAUCGAACUGAUAUUGCCUUCAGAUACAUUCAUGUUGGAUACUCAAGCCUUGUAUGACGUCAGCUUACCCGAAGGCAUCAGUCUGAAACUCCUGACAAAUGAAUAUCUGGACCUGGUGGACUCAACGUGGCCUCAUCGCUACUCUACGUCAGCAUCUUACUUCGAACUUCUCAUUAACUUGAAGUGUGGUUAUGGUCUUUUUGCGGACAAGACUUUACUAGCCUGGGUCCUUAUUAACGAAUCAGGAAACUUGUUACACUUAUACACAGCUGAAGGUCAUAGGCAGAAGGGCUAUGCUGAACUGCUUUUGAAGUCAGUAAGUAAUGUUAUAAUAAAAGAAGGAAGACUUGUUAAUGCUUACUGCCUUCUAGACAACCAUAACGCGUGCAAGCUGUACCGAAAGGCAGGGUUUCACAAUUCUGGAGAAAUUGCGUGGGUCUAUUUGAAGGCUAAAUAA